AUGAUUUCCAAAGGCCUGAGCACCGCAGCAGCACUCUUGUUGCUCGCCAAGACCGCUCCUGCAGCCACGGCAGGAAGCAAGGUUGUAGCCAGAGCCGUUUGCACGGAUCCCCUCGUGCGGAAAGAAUGGAGAUAUUUGUCACAGGAUGAGCAAUUCGAUUACCUCGACGCGGUCAAGUGCAUGAUGUCGACGCCAGGGAGGACGUCGAGUCUGUACUCUGGUGUCGUCUCCGCCUAUGACGACUACCAAGCCCUUCACAUUGCCAUGACGGAGCACAUACAUUUCAACGGUCCAUUCCUCCCUUGGCAUCGUGGCUUCCUGGCUAUCUGGGAAGCAGAUCUCCGGGCUACCUGCGGCUACACCGGCGCUCAACCAUAUUGGGACUGGACACUUGACGUCGUGAACGAGGAGGGCUGGGCAGCGUCGCCCAUUUUUGACAACGUGUACGGCUUUGGCGGCAACGGAGCCUACAUUGAGGAUGUGAGCAAUCUGACGCAGACGUCGGCCGUCGACGACCUGCCGGGUCGUACCGGCGGUGACUGUAUCGUCACGGGGCCCUUUGCCAAUCUCACCGUGUCCAUGGGCCCAGGCAACAGUACGACCAGUACGCCGCACUGCCUGCGGCGCGACUUUACGCCGUGGCUCGCGACGCAGACUCUCAACAGAACACUCGCAAAUUGGCAGCUCGACGCCGAUGAGUUUGCCGUUUACGACCGCCGGGUACAGGCGCUCGACUUGACCCUUUCCGGAAUCACCACUCAUGGCGGUGGACAUUUCGGGGUGGGUGGUAUGGUCGGUGAGAUGUCUGAUAUGUACUCUUCGCCAGGCGAUCCAUUGUUCUGGCUGCACCAUGGGAAAUUGGACCAGGAGUGGAACAAGUGGCAGCGGCUCGACUGGCCCAACCGCUUGACGGAUAUUGGAGGGCCAGACGCAAUGUGGGCGUAUCCGUACAAUUUUUUCGGCGACAUCCCGUACGUGAAUAUCACUCUGGCCUACCAACUUGCUUAUGGGGAGCUCGGUGCAACGUUGAAUGUAGGCGAAGUGAUGGAUCCUGAAGCCGGGGCAUUGUGUUAUACGUACGAGUAG